AUGGAGAUAGAAUGUUGUGGUAGUUCUCCUUUGCGAUAUUUUUCUAGGAGGAGAGUAAUCUCCUCUUCGAGAGUAGCAAAGGUUAACGCGCAGCGAAGUGCAUCAUCGAGUGAUACAGGAGGUCGAACGAUUAGUUCUUCUCUGAAUUUCGAUUUGUACCACAAGAUCGAAGUGAUUCGUUUGGAGCUUGAGAAAGCGUCCAGAGAUCGGCUUCAGAAACUUCUGCUGGUCCGGCUAGGUUUUCAGCAAAGAGUUGGCAGGAAGCUGCUUCUAUCUCUUCAGGAGAAAAUUGAGCUCGAAGAAUUUCGAGAUAAAGAGCUCGGAUAUAAGCUCGUGGAUCGCUAUUACCGGAGUAUUCUGGGAUACAUAGCUUGUAAGUAUCGCGCAGACAGGUUAGCAAUCUUAGAUGAGAAGGGAGUUCGUUGUGUCUCCCUGAUUACUUUGUCGAUAUCCGGAAUCGAACUCAUUGCUUGGUUAAACGUUGAGUUCGCUUGCCGGAAUGCGAGGUUUGUUUGGUCCUGGAAUCUUUCGAAAGAUUCGCAGUCCAAAAGGUUUCGCGGAUCGACAGGAAUCCGAUUAGCUGGAAUCGGAUGGGAUAGAGCUCGAUUUGACGAGCUGUUUGCUUUCGUCAAUCGAGCUAGAUCGUCGGAUCGUUUGCUCUAUGAAAUUGAGCUCGAUCGACUAGAUCAUUUGUUGCGGGAAACUGUUGAUAGUUUCCGUUCAACUUGA